GGUUAAAGUCCGUCUAGAAACGACAUGAGAGUCAUAUGACCACCGAGUUGCACUUCCUCAAACUUGCGUCCCCACAGCGUCCCGGGGUUACAGCACUACAGCGUGAGUGCGGCUCUACUGCGGCACUGCUCUAAAGCUCUACUGAACCCAGGAGCUGUAUACACGACUCAUGGCAAGUUCACAUACAAGGGAAGCACUCAUGUCUAGGAGAGUGACUGUAGGAGCUCCUGGUCUGCUGCUUCUCCUCUCCCUGUUCACCUGCCUGCUGAGGUGUGCACUCUGUGCCAAAGCCAGCAAUGUGAUCCUCAUCCUUACAGAUGAUCUGGAUGUGGAGCUUGGUGGAAUGACGCCUUUAAAGAAGACUCAAGCCCUGAUUGGUGAUGCUGGUGCCACCUUCUCCCAUGCAUACACAGCGACGCCCCUGUGCUGUCCCAGUAGGAGCAGCAUCCUCUCUGGGAAAUAUCCCCACAAUCACAUGGUGCACAACAAUUCCUUGUCAGGCAACUGCAGCAGCAAAGCCUGGCAAGCUGGUCCUGAGAUGCAAGCCUUUCCUGUGUACCUCAGCAAGAAGUUUUAUCAAACCUUUUAUGGAGGGAAGUACCUUAAUCAGUAUGGGACGAAUGAGACAGGAGGUGUGGGUCAUGUUCCUCCUGGCUGGGACCAGUGGCAUGUACUGGUGGGGAACUCUAAAUACUACAAUUACACACUCUCUGUCAAUGGGAAAGCAGAGGAACAUGGAGACAACUAUGAAAAGGACUACCUCACAGACCUUAUUUUGAACAGAUCACUGAAUUUCCUGGAUUCGCGAAGCCCCCAGCAUCCAUUCUUUGUGAUGCUGUGCCCUCCAGCCCCUCACUCUCCCUGGACUGCAGCUCCGGCAUACCAGAACAGCUUUGUUAAUGUCAAAGCUCCACGCGACGGCAGUUUUAACAAACCUGGAAAAGACAAGCACUGGUUGCUGCGUCAGCCUGUUAACCCAAUGCUGAACAGCUCCAUUGAUUAUCUCGACAACGCUUUCCAUAAAAGGUGGCAGACCCUUCUGUCUGUCGACGACAUGGUGGAGAAGCUGGUAAAGAAAUUGCAAGACAUCAAGGAGCUGGACAACACUUAUAUUUUCUUCACUUCCGACAACGGUUACCACACAGGUCAGUUUUCCCUUCCCAUUGACAAAAGACAGCUGUAUGAAUUUGACAUCCGUGUGCCACUUUUGGUUCGCGGGCCCGGGAUCAAGCCCAACCAAACUCUGCAGGACCCGGUAUUGAAUAUCGAUCUCCCUAUGACCAUCCUCGACAUUGCCGGAGUUAAUAUCUCUCUCGUGGAUAUGGACGGGCAGUCUUUUCUACCCCAGCUUGCACCGUCCUUGCGCAACGGCACUUCACGUCCCUACUUUUUAGUGGAGUACACUGGUGAGGGCCACACCGCUAAAGAUCCUCAGUGCCCCAAACUCGGCCCUGGAGUGGCUGAGUGCUUUCCAGACUGUGUUUGUGAGGAUGCCUUCAACAACACAUAUGCCUGCGUUAGGACUUUCAAGGACAAUGACUUGCAGUACUGUGAAUUUGCUGAUGAUGAGGCAUUUGUGGAGGUGUACAACAUGACGGCGGAUCCUCAUCAGCUGGAGAACGUUGUGAAGAAGGUGGACCCCGCGCUCCUGCAGGUCAUGAACCAAAGGCUCAUCAAGCUUCAGUCUUGCAAGGGAGACAGCUGUCGAAAUCUUUAAUAGCUACGGCACAGUAGUUCUGCUCAGGCCAAAGAAGUAACCAAAGAGUGUCUGAUUUUAAAGUGAUUUAAGCAGUUUAGGGCCUCGUUUUAUGGGCCAGGAUUUAUUAUUAAUGACAUUGUUUACAUUCAGCCUUGCUGCUAUAUUCCUUUUCAAUAAGCAGUAAAGAAACAGACUGGUAUUUUAUACAUUUUUACACAUUAACACAGAUGCACUGCUAAUAAGAAUAAUGCACAGCGCUGCACAUUGUGAUUCAUUAGGAUGAAGAGAAAAAAACAAAAGAUUAUUUAAUCACCGAAUUAUACUAAUGAAAUACCUCGGGUCCGUUCCAAGACCUGUAGUCGAUACCAUUCUGUAAUACUACUGCUUGUAUUACAGAAAAUAUAUAAUAAAAAAAAACCACAACAUAACACAGGCUUCACUUGAUUGUUUCUUUAUACAACUACUGCCUUAAACUCUUUAACACAGCUCUAGAAAGGGCAUAUCCAAAAAUCCCUCUCUUAAAUGUGAAUGUGUUCAUACCGCAAGCCUGGAGACGUGGAUCGUGUAGAUUGAUGUGUGUGUGUGUGUGCGCGUGCGUGCGUUUGUCUGACUUUGUUGCACUUCUUUAUUUACAUUUGCUGUUAUGUAUUCACCCUGGUUUUGUAUUGUUUUCUUUCUGAGUUUAAAGUUUGAACAGGGUUCAUAUGUGUGCUUUCUGGUGAAUGAAAUCUGGAGUUCUUGUUUUUUGUCUGUGGUCUGAUUAAAGGAGUGUAGAUAAGGGCUGAUAUCUGAGGCUGCGUCCCAGAGCCGUGACACAGUUUUAAUAGGAAUGUUGAAUUUGCUUGUUAAAGCAACCUGUCAUUUUUAAUAAUAAUUAAUAAGCCACACUUUUCACAUUAAAAUAAUGUACCUGCCUUUUGGAAAACAGCUUUUGUUGGCAGGUUAUUGUUUUUUUUUUUCUAAUCAAUCUAAAUAUUUCACAAAUAAAUUCUAAAUAAAAU